UCAAAAGGCCAGGGAUUUUGUGAGACUCCAGAGCUGGUUUCUUUCUCGGUUCAUCUUCUCCAUCUUUUCCGCCGGCGGAUCUUCAUCUUCUCGAUCUCCUGCUUUUCCGGUAGAGCUUCCGCCUCUUACUCCUCAUCUCCUUCCCUUUCUUCCUCUUUUCUCCAUCUCUCCAGGUAUGUCCUUUUAACACCAUCCUUCUUCAUCUUUGUCCCCUUUGCCUUCUUGUUCUACUUGUGUUUGUGUGUGUUUUUUGAGAAUGUUGACUUUUUUAUUCUCUUUUGGUGUGUUCAAUUAUAGAUUUCUAGGUUAAUAUGGUUAUACCAUCUAUGUGUUUGAAGAAAUGUCAAGAAGAGUUGUUCUUUUAGAGAAUUGUUAGAACCUAUUUCAAAGAUUAUUUUGGAAAUAGUUUCUCGAGAUUUCAUUAUGCACCGGAUGGAAGAUGAACUUUGAAACUUUGUGGGUUAGUCUUGUUUGUUUUGGGAUUCAAUUUUAUAUGCAUUAUUCCAGUUGGGAAAUGAUAUUUAUGGCCAUUAUAAGUGCUCUCUGCUGUGCUUGGUUGUUCUGUUUUUUACAUUGGCGUAUGUACUCCGUAGUACUUUUUUCCUGAGAAAAAUGCAUUAUGCCUGGUUGAGUUCACUUAAAAAGAGCAGAAUAAACAACAACAAAAAUGAUAAAAUUGAACAAAUGAACAUUAUUUCGAUCAAUAAUAAGUAAAAGAAUUGAACUAAGAAACCAUACUAAAGGAGAGAAAUUAUGAAACAAACCCCCCCCCCCCAAAAAAAAUGCCCAGUAAGGUCAACUUUGAUAUGUUGGGUAGGUGUCAUGCACUUUCAGCGGUUGAUAUGAAAAUGGGAAAAUGUGGUCAUUGUAGACACAAACCUCUUUCAUAUAUCUAGUACCUUUUCUAUAAUGGGAAAAUGUGGUCAUUGUAGGCACAGACCUCUUAAUAUCUCAAAUCACGCACCAGAUCCCUUCACUUAUGCUGUGUAUAUUAGUUUGGCAAUUAAUUUUAUUUUAAAUGUGCUUGUUCAUAUAGAUAAAUGGAAGACGAAGUGGUAAGAAGAGAAGAAAUAGAUGAAGAAACUGAAGAAGAAUUUUAUGCAACUAUCAAGUACUUGUUGUUGGGCAUUCAAGCAACAAUGAUUGUUUUAAGAGAGGCUCUAAUUAACAUGCCUCAACGUGUGGAAGGUUCCCUUAAACGUCGCUCUGUAACUACAAAAGGAUAUCAUUAUAUACAUAGAGUGUUGAAAGAAGAUCCACAAAGUUUUCGAGAGUUGUAUAGAAUGUAUCCUGAUGUGUUUCUUAAGCUAUGUACAAUUAUCAGAGAAGGUACGCCUUUAGAAGAUACAAGGUAUAUUUGUGUUGAAGAAAUGAUAGCAACAUUUCUACUCAUUGUGGGUCACAAUGAUCGGUAUUGUAAUGUUCGCCAAAGAUUUGGUCGUUCACAUUUCACAACUAGUCAAAACUUUAACAAAGUUUUGAAGGCAUUAAACACUAUAGCACCACAAAUGAUGGUCAAGCCCGGAUUUGCUGUGCCUUCUAAAAUAAGAGGCAACACAAGAUUUUAUCCCUACUUUAAGGAUUGCAUUGGUGCUAUUGAUGGCACUCAUAUUCCUGCAAUGAUAAAAGGUCGUCAAGUAAGUAGCUACCGUAAUCGUCAUGGUGUUCAAUCUCAAAACGUUUUGGCAGCUUGCAACUUUGAUCUAGAAUUCAUAUAUGUGCUUAGUGGGUGGGAAGGAUCUGCACAUGAUUCAAAAAUGUUGAGUGAUGCCUUAUCUAGAAGAAAUGGACUUGAAGUGCCUCAAGGAAAAUAUUUUUUGGUUGACUGUGGAUUUGCUAAUCGACGACAAUUUUUAGCACCAUUUCGAGGUGUCCGAUAUCAUCUCAAAGAUUUUGGAGGUCAAGGUCGUCACCCCCGAAAUGCAAAUGAGUUGUUCAAUCUUCGUCAUGCAUCGUUGAGAAAUGUUAUUGAGAGGAUAUUUGGUAUCUUUAAAUCGCGUUUCACUAUUUUCAAAACUGCACCUCCCUUUCCAUUUGAAGCCCAAGCAGAGCUAGUGUUGGCUUGUGCGGGACUACACAACUUUCUUCGUAAAGAGUGUCGUUCUGAUGAAUUUCCUCCAGAACCAGAACUAGAGUCGUCUUCUUCAUCAUAUCUGGAUAUGGAAGAAGAAAAUUUUGAAAUACUUUCUCAAACUCAACAACAACAAAGAACAGAAGCUAACGCUUGGAGACAUGGCAUUGCUGAAGCUAUGUGGGGCGAUCGACCACAAAAUGAUGCUAAUGAGGAGAAUGAAGAAGGUUAUAAUGAUAAUGAAGUUGAAAUGGAAGACUCUGUUGUUUAAAAAUAUUAUUUUUCAAUUAUUUUUAACUUUUAGAUAAUCUCUUCUUUUGUAUUUUUUUUAUUUUCAUUGAUGAACUAGACAUAAAAGAAGAAUGGUUGA